CGCGAGGCUGACGGCCAGGCUGACCGCCAGGCUGGGGUCCCGGGGGGCUCCUCUGCACCAGGAAAGGCCUGUGAGAGGAUGUGAGCCCCCUAAAACUCCUGCUGAGCGACAGAGCCCCGAAGAGCUAGACGUGCAGAGACAGACCAGAAGAGCCCCAGCUCCACAGGGACAGAAACCUGCCACACCUGCAAACCCACAGGAGCAGAAGGCGAUUCACAGACAUUAGAAAGGGAAGGAGAAGCCAGCUGUGGCAGGGCAGGGUAGUGAGGCGGCGAGGGGAAGGGCCCAGAGGCCAGACAGACCUGACCGCGGCCGGGACCCUGGAGCCGGCCUGACAGAGACGGAAGUAGAGACUGCGGCCUCGCGUGGAGGCUCGAGGACAGCAGCACAGAAGGACAGACUUAGAGAAGACGACAGAGGGGACCGCGUCACGAGUGCAGUCAGCCAUGCCGAAGGGGACUGGGGGCCAAGGGGAAAGGAAGGUCGCAGAGACAGAGAAGACAGUGAACCAGACAGGGGUGAAAGUUGUCGAGGACAUGGAGAGGGAGAUAGAGCUACCAGAGGCUGAGGGGACCUGAGACAAGGUCUCCCCGAGGGUCUGACCUGAGACUGGGGAGCCUGAGAAGAAGAGAGCAAGAGGACAGCGAUAGAGACAGAGAACAGUGUCAGGGAGAGCAGGAGGACAGUGACAGAAGGGACAAAGACCAAGGGGCCAGUGAUGGAGAGGAAAGAGAUAAGGGGGACCGUGCCAGAUAGAAGGUGACAAUCAUAGAGACAGGGAAGACACACUCAGAGGCGACAAAGAUAGAGAGGACAGUGACAGAAAAGACAGAGAUAACAGAAGUAAUAUAGGGAAAAGUGACAAAAAUAGAGAAGGUGCCAGAGACAAAGUUCAAGGCAACAUUGACAGAGCAAAGACAAUAACCGCAGGCAGAGAGGGCAGAGAUCAAGAUAACAAUGUUAGAGAUACAGAAAGCAAUAUUAGAUAAGGAGCAUGCCGAUACAAAGAGGGGACAAAGAAAAUGGAAAGUGGCAGGAUGACAGAGGGAACAGAAACAGAGCUAGAAGGUUCAAAGGCAGAAGGGGGCCCAUGACAGAAAUAGAGGAAAUGGAAGCAGAGUUGGGGGGAGACAGGCUCAAGGAGUCAGAAAAGACAGAUCCAGAGGGAAUAGCAACAAUGCGCAAACUCAGAGCAGAGAGCCAUAGUGGUGACAGGACCAGAGUGCGAGUGACAAAGCACACUCAGUGACACUGUGACAGGUGAAGAAACACAGAGGCAGAAAGGAUGGUGACGGAAGGGACAGUGAUGAAGGUGAUGGAGACAGAAACAGUGUAGAAACAUAAAAGAGACAAGAAAGGGGAGUGGGACAGAGACAGGGAUUGGUGACCAAGACAGAGGGUGGCUUAGUAGAUAUUCUGGAGAUACAGCUAAGGAGUAGGGGUGCAGGCAGAGUCAGAAAAAGUUGAAAUUGCAUUUUCUAGAGGAAGAUAGAGACAGGAGAAUAUGACCAAGGCACAACAGAGAAAGACAGGGACAGAAAGUGACCAAGUCAUAGAGAUGAACAGAGAGACAAGAGCAAAGAGAAAGAACCUGACGGGUCAGUCACCUGAGACUAGGUGAGAGGUCGGGAUGACAGGUGAAAGCAAAGAUCGGGGAGAAGUGAACAAAAUACCAGGGAGAGGAAAAGGGACACACCAACAGGUGGAUACCAACUAAGACUCACUACGCAGCCUCAUACCUCAUCUUGGGAAGUACUGAAAACCGUGGAGCCUUGAGCUUUCUUCUUUAUGCCACUUUGGGGUCAUCACUCCCUACAGGCAGAGCUUCAGAUCAGGGACCGGAAGCUCACAGCCCCCCGGCGCCCACGCGGAGCAUGAACAUUGAGGAUGGCGUGCGCCCGCGGCUCCCCGUGCCUCCCACUGCUGCCCGGUAGGAUGUCCUGGCCCCAUGGGGCCCUGCUCUUCCUCUGGCUCUUCUCCCCACCCCUGGGGGCCGGCGGGGGCGGCGUGGCCAUGACAUUGGCGGCCGGAGGGGGCUCCCCGCCGGCCGCCUCCUGCCCCGCGGCCUGCUCCUGUAGCAACCAGGCCAGCCGGGUGAUCUGCACGCGGAGGGAGCUGGCCGAGGUCCCGGCCGGCGUCCCUGUCAACACGCGGUACCUGAACCUGCAGGAGAAUGGCAUCCAGGUGAUCCGCACCGACACGUUCAAGCACCUGCGGCACCUGGAGAUCCUGCAGCUGAGCAAGAACCUGGUGCGCAAGAUCGAGGUGGGCGCCUUCAACGGGCUGCCCAGCCUCAACACGCUGGAGCUGUUCGACAACCGGCUCACGACGGUGCCCACGCAGGCCUUCGAGUACCUGUCCAAGCUACGGGAGCUCUGGCUGCGCAACAACCCCAUCGAGAGCAUCCCCUCGUACGCCUUCAACCGCGUGCCGUCCCUGCGGCGCCUGGACCUGGGCGAGCUCAAGCGGCUGGAGUACAUCUCGGAGGCGGCCUUCGAGGGCCUGGUCAACCUGCGCUACCUCAACCUGGGCAUGUGCAACCUCAAGGACAUCCCCAACCUGACGGCCCUGGUGCGCCUGGAGGAGCUGGAGCUGUCGGGCAACCGGCUGGACCUGAUCCGCCCGGGCUCCUUCCAGGGCCUCACCAGCCUGCGCAAGCUGUGGCUCAUGCACGCCCAGGUGGCCACCAUCGAGCGUAACGCCUUCGACGACCUCAAGUCGCUGGAGGAGCUCAACCUGUCCCACAACAACCUGAUGUCGCUGCCCCACGACCUCUUCACGCCCCUGCACCGCCUAGAGCGCGUCCACCUCAACCAUAACCCCUGGCACUGCAACUGCGACGUGCUCUGGCUGAGCUGGUGGCUCAAGGAGACGGUGCCCAGCAACACGACGUGCUGCGCCCGCUGCCACGCGCCCGCCGGCCUCAAGGGCCGCUAUAUCGGCGAGCUGGACCAGUCGCACUUCACCUGCUACGCGCCGGUCAUCGUGGAGCCGCCCACGGACCUGAACGUCACCGAGGGCAUGGCGGCCGAGCUCAAGUGCCGCACGGGCACCUCCAUGACCUCCGUCAACUGGCUGACGCCCAACGGCACCCUCAUGACCCACGGCUCCUACCGCGUGCGCAUCUCCGUCCUGCACGACGGCACGCUCAACUUCACCAACGUCACGGUGCAGGACACGGGCCAGUACACGUGCAUGGUGACGAACUCGGCCGGCAACACCACCGCCUCCGCCACGCUCAACGUCUCGGCCGUGGACCCCGUGGCGGCCGGCGGUGCUGGCGGCGGGGGCGGCCCGGGCGGCCCGGGCGGCGGCGGGGGCGGCAGCGGCGGCUACACCUACUUCACCACCGUGACCGUGGAGACCCUGGAGACGCAGCCGGGAGAGGAGACCCUGCAGCCGCGGGGGACGGAGAAGGAGCCCCCGGGGCCCACGACGGACGGUGUCUGGGGCGGGGGCCGGCCCGGGGACGCCGCCGGCCCCGCCUCGUCGUCCACCACGGCACCCGCCCCGCGCUCCUCGCGGCCCACGGAGAAGGCGUUCACGGUGCCCAUCACGGACGUGACGGAGAACGCCCUCAAGGACCUGGACGACGUCAUGAAGACCACCAAGAUCAUCAUCGGCUGCUUCGUGGCCAUCACGUUCAUGGCCGCCGUGAUGCUCGUGGCCUUCUACAAGCUGCGCAAGCAGCACCAGCUCCACAAGCACCACGGGCCCACGCGCACCGUGGAGAUCAUCAACGUGGAGGACGAGCUGCCUGCCGCCUCGGCCGUGUCCGUGGCCGCCGCCGCCGCUGUGGCCGGCGCGGGGGGCGUCGGCGGGGACAGCCACCUGGCCCUGCCCGCCCUGGAGCGCGACCACCUCAACCACCACCACUACGUGGCGGCCGCCUUCAAGGCGCACUACAGCGGCAACCCCAGCGGCGGGGGCUGUGGGGGCAAGGGCCCCCCAGGGCUCAACUCUAUCCACGAACCUCUGCUCUUCAAGAGUGGCUCCAAGGAGAACGUGCAAGAGACGCAGAUCUGAAGCCGCCAGGCGGGGGCGGGUGGUGGUGGGGGGACCACCCCGGGGCUCGGGCCACACCAGGACUCUCCCCGCAGCCCCGCCCCCCCCCCCCCCCCCGCGCUGGCGCCCGGACCUCGCAGGGAAGGUCGGGGAAGGAGGGGUCGCAGCCCCGCCCGCGUUCGGACCCCAGGGCGGCUCAGCACCCCCGCGAGGACAGGGCGGGGCUCCGGGAACCGGGCCCCCCGCGGUUCUGGCCGCACCCCCGACCCCAGGCGAAGGGAGGGGCUGCGGGAUUCCGGAGAAGUGGCUGGAACCCUCCGCUUUUCCUCCUCGAGCUCUCGACCGACCCAUCCCGGCCCUCCGCCUUCCAGGGGAGCGCGGAGCUUUUCGGGGGGUGUCCUUUCCCCUCAUCCCCAACGACCUUCCUUUUACGGUUCAUUUUUUGCAGUUUGACGCCUGUCCCCCCUCCCGCCCCUCCGCCCUCGAAACUGAAGAGACAGACGCGCGGUCAGAGCCUCCAGACACCCUGCCCUGCCCCCUUCACCCCCAGCCCUCACCUGGCCCACAGACUCUUUUGAUACUGAAGGGAGGUUUGCGUCAACGACUACCUGCUCUGUAAUUACUUUAAAAAAAAAAAAAAAAAAAAAACACGGAAAAAGU